AUGCGCCCGUCGCUAGCAACUCGUCUUGUGCGCACUCCCAUUCGCAAUGCCGCCGCCGCGACGGUAACCCCAGCAGCGGCCGCACUCCGUCAGCUCGACACUUACCCGGGCCCCGUCAACUUAACACCGUCAAAGACUUUCCUAGGCGAUGUCUGGUUCAGCAGCUCGGCACCAUACGCUCUUCCCGACAGUGGACCCGAAGGUGAUCACAAACCACCAGACGAACGCACUCUGAAACUAGGCAAAACCGUCCGCAUCUUGCACGAACGUCUACCCACCCUACUAGCGUCGCCCCUACCACAAGAAAUACUCUCACCUCAAAUAUCACUACACCUCUUUCCCUCUACACACCCGCAUCUUCCGACAGUGUCUGGACGCAUCGCCUACCUUGCUGCUCUAUGGACCGCACCUGUAGCUUGGGGACGAGUGCCUGUGGUGGGUAACGUCAGACUCACCGUCAUAUCCGAGCGCAUGAUCAAGCAUGGCGGAAACAAUAUGAGCUCAACCUUCCGGGACGAGAAGCUCAUAGUCAAGUGGAAGACAUGCGGAAAGGCUAGGAAGAAGAAUUCGGCUGGCAUCUAUCGCGGUAUUGGAGCCAAUGAGCAGGUGGAGAGAAUAACAGACGUCCUCGGAGGUAAAGCGAGAGACGAUGAGGAAUUCUGCGGCUUGUUCAUCUUCGAGUUCGACGAGGAAGGUCGUAUUGUCAAGCACACAAUCGAACACGCAGAACAAGGAUCUGGCUCGGAGCGCACCAAUCGGGUGGUCAGCGUGACGGACUGGCUGCUCGGAAAGGUUAAUGGACAUCGAGAAGAACACGUCCCUAGCCUGGCGUGGUGCAAGAACAGUCAGAUCAGAAGAGCGUUCCAAGGUCGUCGCAAGAGAGACUAAGUUGGGAUUGAAGCAUUUUGGGUACGGGUAUCUAGGCGAACAGCCAACGGCGUUUGGUGGCUGGGCUGGCACAUUUGAUU